AUGUCGGACGAACGGUAUGGCAUGAUGCUUUGGCAACCAACACCGCCCGAAUCUGAUGCUGAUUGCCUUGUCGAUAUUGUCUUUCUCCACGGACUAAAUGGCUCAAUCGGAAACACUUUCACGCAGAACACUGGGCGGAUAGGCCGCAGGGCCCAUGUGACAUGGCCAAAGGAUCUCCUCCGGCAUGAUCUUACUGUAGAAGGCGUCCUUCAGGCAAGGAUAAUGGGGUUCGGCUUCGACGCUGAUGUAUUAAACUUCUUCGGUCGAGCGGGCCGUGAAACUAUCGCUAGCACGGCAGACACCUUCCUAGCAGCUUUGGCUGAUAUGCGACGGGAAGACUAUCAGCGUGAACGUCCGCUUAUAUUUUUCGGACACAGCUUAGGGGGUUUGAUUAUCAAAAGAGCCCUAGCAAAAGCUUGGGACGAAGACGAUCCAAGCAGUGGAGACGUUUUCCGCCGAAGGAGACUUGCAGCAUCGAGCACGAGAGCAAUCAUCUUUGCGGGAACACCACAUCGCGGUGCAACUGCUGCCCACUUGGCAACCUGGGGCACAGCAUGGUUGACUGCAUUUGGGGUUCCAACAUCGACCGAGAAUCUCAGAGAGCUUCAGAUAGGUGCCAACACAACUCAGAUGCUUCGAGAUGAAUUUUCGGUUUUCAGGCGCAGAAUACGAGACAGCAGGACGAAGAUGGUCCCUCCGCAGCCGGAUAUCACAAUAUAUACUUUCUGUGAAAGUGUUCCCAUGCCACUUGGAGGAAUAAUUGUGACGAGGGAGUCUGCAGUCAUUGAUGGCCAGAACGAAAUAGUCGCAUCCGUUCUCCGGCGCGAUCAUCGUACCAUGGUGAAAUUUGGAAGUCGGGAUGAAGCAGGGUACAAGCAGUUCGUUGGUGCUAUGAAGGAUGUGAUCUAUGAGCGCCACGAUAUUGAUAGUUUUCUGACUUCAGGCACAGUAACCUCACCUCCCACGACGCCCGUGAGCUAUGGCUCCGUGACACAAGGGCAUGAACGGGCUCUCAACUCUGGUCUACUCCAAGUGAACCAGCAAACUUCCCCACAUCGCAUUCUUUACAAUCGAUCGUCUGGUUUUCUAGCAGAACACAUCUCUCAUCCACCACAACAACUCAUUUCUUACCCUGCGCCAUCUGGGGCUUUCUCCUCGCGUGAUUCGAGUGAAUCUAGUCGAUCCCUACAAAGCGUCUCACCAGCCACAGUUUCAGCUCACCAGUCCUACGGAGCUUCUUUGCUACGUUCGAACCCGGAUACAGAGGAAAUUGCGAACCUUCUUGUUUCUGGAACAAACCGACGGCUUUCAGCAGUGCACAGGACUGAUACAGAACACGCGAUUACCCUAUUCGAACAAGCACUGAACAGAUCGCAACAGUCCCACAAACCUGACCCUCGCCAUCAAACGAACGCUUACUUUGGCCUAGCCGACUGCUUCAGUGAUCUCAGUGAGAGCUCAAGCCGCCGACUCAACGUUUCCCAGAAGCUUGACUACCACGAAAUGGCUAAAAACGCCUGCCGCGAGGCGUUGCGGCUGGCGCAAGAAAGCGAUUACCCUGGUCAGGUCAGGCGGGCGCGGGUAUACUGGGCUCGUUUCGCUGCGCAAGAAGUGAUUCUCGAAAGCCAGCGUCAUAAUAGAGACUCCGAUCAGCUGAGGAGAUCAAAAGGAGCGGCGGAAACUGCGCUUCGGAACAUUAUGUUUGAAUUGGAGCGAGAUGUGCACAUAGACCAUUCAUUGUGGGAUAUAGCAGAAAGAAAAUUGCUCCAGCUAGAACACGUCAGGGUUUGA